GCCCAAGCUGCAGAAUGGGAUGUUCAUCAUCUWUAUCCAAACCAAUGACGGCUUUCAAGUCCAAACAAGACGAAAUGCCUCUUUCCAAAACUCAGAAAUAUUUACUACGCGAAACAUGGGAGACUAUCGAGGUCCACAAGAAAAUUGUUGGUAAAAAUACUUUUUUACGGUUCUUUGAAAUAAACCCAGAAUAUCAAAGAUUAUUUCCUGAGUUCAAAGACUUGACUUACGAAGAACUCGAAAAAGCCAAUACAAUCCAUGGCCAUGCUAAACGAGUGAUGAAAGCCCUGGAAAACGCCAUCACAGCGUUGGACGACUCGGUUAGUUUUAGUGCGUACUUGGAAGAGCUUGGAAGGAGGCAUAAAGCGCGCUCUUUAAAGCCUUACCUUUUAGAUGCAAUGCAAGCUUCUUUGAUGGAAAAUCUAAAGGAUGUACUUCAAAGUGAAUGGACAGAAGAAACGGCCAUAGCCUGGAAUAAGUUAUUUCGGUAUAUUGCUGAUAAAAUGACACUAGGGCUUCAAAGUCAGAAAUAAUAGACAGCUGCUGCCUCCCUGUGUAGUAGGUCCAAGACCAUCRUCUAUGUUCACUAUGUCAAGGUUUUUAGUUCCUCAAGACUCCAAGUCGUCCAAGUCAAUCAAGAUUUCAAGCGUUCUUUCUUCACCGUAUUUAAAGAAAAAAGGUCCCGCAAAUGAAGCAAGCCCAAUAGCCUUGCGUAUUGUGGCAUUGUUACUGACCUCGAUACUGAACCCAGCAGAACAUACCAAUAAAUGAGACUGUACAGUCGACGAACUGCUAACAAGUAUAUGGAUGUAUAUAUUUACUACAGACUGCCAGCAAACUGCGCCAAAACUAUUGAAAAAACUGAAYU